AUGGAGGAAGAAAUCUUGGAGUACUUUGGUUCAGAUAGAAGGAAGAAAUCUUGGAGUACUUUGGUUCAGUAUAAAUCUUGGUGUCUAACAGUGGGACUUACAGUAUGCCGGACUUGGGCUUUCAACGAUGGUCAGUGGCGUGCUCUUCAGAAAACUCCUUUUGUUUAUGAUGAUGAAGUUUUCAAGUAUGUCAAAUGGGGUAAAGCUGUUGGCCUCAAUUUGACUUCUGAUGAUGAUUUCUUCUCACAUCCAACUCUCCAAAGCUACUACAAAGCCGAUGUUAAGGUAGCGGAGGAGCGGCACCAAUCUGCGGUACAGGCGUUGGAGGUGGAAAGGCGUUGGGAAAUAGAAGGUGGACCGACGUCGUAA